CUCGCUUGUGAUUGGUGGCGAGGGCCGACCCGGAAGGGCGGGUGCUGCCGGCCGGGUGGCGGGAAGGUUUUGUUGGGGCACGGCUGACAGAAAGCAGUCGGAUCUCCAGGUCAGCUGUAGAAUGGCGUCUGUUUCAGCUCUGACGGAGGAACUGGAGUCUGUAACCAAUGAGCUCCAUGCAGUAGACAUCCAAAUCCAGGAGCUUACAGAACGACAGCACGAGCUCCUUCAGAGAAAGUCAGCCCUGACGAGGAGAAUCAAGCAGCAAUUAGAGGAUUCUGACGCUGGGGCGAGCAACGACUGCGACUCUUCACCCGCCGCGUGGAAUAAAGAAGAUUUUCCAUGGUCUGGAAAAGUUAAAGAUGUUCUGCAAAAUGUCUUUAAGCUGCAGAAGUUCAGGCCACUUCAGCUGGAAACCAUCAAUGUCACAAUGGCUGGGAAGGAAGUAUUUCUUGUGAUGCCCACCGGAGGUGGCAAGAGCUUAUGCUACCAGUUACCAGCACUGUGCUCAGAUGGGUUUACGCUUGUGAUUUGCCCACUGAUCUCUCUCAUGGAAGACCAACUAAUGGUUUUAAAACAGUUAGGAGUUUCAGCUACCAUGUUAAAUGCUUCUAGUUCUAAGGAGCAUGUGAAAUGGGUUCAUGCCGAAAUGGUGAAUAAGAACUCGCAAUUAAAACUGAUUUAUGUGACUCCUGAGAAGAUAGCGAAAAGCAAAAUGUUUAUGUCGAAACUAGAGAAAGCCUACGAGGCGAGGAGGCUGGCUCGGAUCGCGGUGGAUGAGGUUCACUGCUGCAGCCAGUGGGGGCAUGACUUCAGACCUGAUUAUAAAGCUCUUGGCAUCUUGAAGCGGCAGUUUCCUAACACUUCGCUGAUUGGACUGACCGCAACAGCAACCAAUCAUGUUUUGAAGGAUGCGCAGAAAAUUCUGUGUGUGGAAAAGUGUCUUACUUUUACAGCUUCUUUCAAUCGUCCAAAUCUGUAUUAUGAGGUUCGGCAGAAGCCCUCGGGCGCAGAAGAUUUUAUUGAGGACAUUGUGAAGCUCAUCAGUGGACGGUACAAAGGACAGUCAGGAAUCAUAUACUGUUUUUCUCAGAAAGAUUCUGAACAAGUUACGAUUAGUUUGCAGAAAUUGGGCAUUCGUGCUGGUGCCUACCAUGCCAAUAUGGAGCCAGAAGACAAGACCAAGGUUCAUACCAGAUGGUCUGCCAAUGAACUUCAGGUUGUAGUGGCAACUGUUGCAUUUGGCAUGGGAAUUGAUAAGCCAGAUGUGAGGUUUGUUAUUCAUCAUUCAAUGAGUAAAUCCAUGGAGAAUUAUUAUCAGGAGAGUGGGCGUGCAGGUCGCGAUGACUCGAGAGCAGACUGUAUUUUGUAUUAUGGCUUCGGAGACAUCUUCAGAAUCAGCUCCAUGGUGGUCAUGGAGAACGUGGGGCAGCAGAAGCUCUAUGAGAUGGUGUCGUACUGUCAGAACAUGAGCAAAUGUCGCCGUGUGUUGAUAGCACAGCAUUUUGAUGAAGUUUGGAACACAGAUGCCUGUAACAAGAUGUGUGAUAACUGCUGCAAAGAUGUUUCGUUUGAGAAAAAGGACAUAACACAGCAGUGCCGAGACCUGGUCAGGAUCCUGCAGCAGGCAGAGGAGCUGAAUGAGAAGCUCACGCCACUGAAACUGAUCGACUCCUGGAUGGGAAAGGGCGCUGCAAAGCUGAGAGUGGCGGGCGUCACCGCUCCUGGGCUUCCCCGAGAAGACCUGGAGAAGGUCGUGGCUCAUAUCCUUCUGCAGCAGUAUCUGAAAGAGGACUACAGCUUCACAGCCUAUGCCACCAUUUCCUACCUGAAGGUCGGGCCCAAAGCCCAUCUUCUUGACAGCGAGGCCCACGUGGUCACUAUGCAAGUGAAGAAGCCGACACAGGGCAGCACCAGGGCUGCAUCCUCUGAAACUUGUCAGUCUGAACAAGCUGAUGGAAAGGGGGAAGGAAAGCAUUCGGGUAGCUUCCAGAAGUCUGCAAACGCCCUUCUGCCAUCUGGUUCUAAGAGCCUGGGGGCCAAGAAAAGGAAGCUUGAGGAUGCCUGAGUGUUCCUCCAGCAUCCACAGGAGUGUGGUUUGUGCAUGUAUACACAUUAUUUUUAUAGUUAAUCAACAGUUUUUU